AUGUCGACGUAUGACGAAAUCGAAAUUGAAGAUAUGACUUUUGAGCCAGAGAAUCAAAUGUUCACGUAUCCGUGUCCCUGUGGGGACAGGUUCCAAAUAUACCUGGAUGACAUGUUUGAUGGUGAAAAGCUCGCUGUUUGCCCCAGUUGCUCGCUGAUGAUUGACGUCGUUUUUGAAAAGGAGGACUUAACGGAGUACUACGAGGAAGCCGGUAUACAGCCUCCUGAAGCUAUGGCUAUUGCUGCCUAA